AUGAACCCGCUCGUGCUUGAUCUAUAUCUUUCGUUUUUUCGACGGGUAGCCAAUAUUCUCAAUCAUUGGAGAGGCUCAAGGAGAAGUGGGAGAUUACCAGACCUUGGCCGUGCAGCAUGGUUUUGGAUGGGAGACCUGUCAGGGUUAGUUUUGAAGGGAUGUCCCGUUUGGGAGAAGGAGAUUCAAGGAGGUUUCUUGAGAGGAGAUUAUGGUGGGGAUGGCGAGCGUCUUAUGAGUCGCGUUGUCAACACGUCUUUUGGAUUCAACGCAAUUAUCGAGAACGUCGACCUGCACAGAGCUAGACUCGUUACCAGACCUGGACGACUUCGUGGAAGGAAGCAGUUGUCGCCUCUCCCUCUUUCCUUUCCGGCACGUUUUGGAGCCAUCGGAUUUGUCGUCGUCGCCGCAUGA